UACUGGGACACGUCUUCGAGUCCGUGGCCGCGCAGAAACCACGGGGCAUCGGUGCACGAAGUCCACCACCACCACCUUCUUCCCAAAGUCCAGUUCAAUCCCGUGCUCGCCAACCCCAUUCCGCAAUACAAUCCCGUGCUCCCACCCACCGCGAUUUCUCAAUGGUAACGCCGAGCGCCUCCUUCUCCGCCGCGCUCGUAGUCGAGGAUUUCCCACCGUUGGAGAGCGAUGACACGAUGGAGAUGCCACCGGACAAGUACCGCGAGGUGUUCGACCUCGCACAGUGUGGCGCCCGCGCUUUCCGGGAGGGCCGCUUCGACGAGGCUAUUUCAUUUUAUUCUAAAGCUCACAAUUUGAGAUCAGGAGAUCCGAUUAUCCUUAGCAAUCGAAGUUCUGCUUUCUGUUUGAUAAGUCAAGUUCUGAGGGAGAGAUCAGCAGCCGACUCAGAGUAUCAGCCAUUGAAUGGCCUUGAUCCUACAACACAUGCAGAGUUAGCUCUGAAGGAUGCAGAGAAGGUAGUAACUACCCACGGUAAUUCUCCUAGGCCAUAUCUUCUCAAGGCAUACGCACUUAUUCUGCUGGAGCGAUAUCAGGAGGCACGUGAGUCCCUUCUGUCUGGUCUUCAAGUUGACCCCCCCAGCCAUAUCCUGCAAACCUGUCUCGGUGAUCUGGAUAGAAAUACAAAUGCUGCAGCCAGAGCAAGAUGCCCAAGGCUAGACAGGACUGAUGAUUUUGAGUGCACAUUGUGUUUUAAACUAUUGUUUGAACCAGUUACCACUCCAUGUGGGCACACGUUCUGUCGCUCUUGUUUACAUCAGUCAAUGGAUCACGGCAAUAAGUGCCCCAUGUGUCGGACAGUUCUUUUUAUUGGUCCAAGAACUUAUCCUAUAAGUGUAACAUUGAGCAACAUAAUUCAGAAAAAUUUCACUGAAGAAUAUGCUGAGAGGAGGUCAGAGCAUGAAAAUAUGACAUAUGCAGGCAUUGAUUUGAUGCCUCUCUUUGUUAUGGAUGUCGUAUUACCCUGCCAAAAGAUGGCACUGAACAUAUUUGAACCUCGCUACAGGCUGAUGGUAAGGAGGAUAAUGGAAGGGAAUCGUCGGAUGGGAAUGGUUGCUAUUGAUUCUGCGACGGGAACUGUAGCUGACUGUGGUUGUGAGGUGGAAAUUCUUGAGUGUGAGCCACUUCCAGAUGGACGUUUUUAUCUAGAGGUGGAAGGUUCACGACGGUUUCGUAUCUUGCGAUCCUGGGAUGAAGAUGGGUCAUGCCACGCUCGGCUCCUCCGUCUCGUCGGAUCCCGUCGCCAGCACGCCCGCCCGUGGGUCCUUCUCUGGAUCGAGUCCAGGUACCGUGUUGCUGAAAUUGAAUGGUUCCAAGAUUUUUCUUUACCAGAAGGAUCACAAGAGAGGAGAGAUCUAAUCGAAAGGGCCAAUGAAGCUUCAGAACUGGCUAGGACGUACAUUAGGCGUGCCAGAGAAACCAUAACACCUGUGAGGCGGACACGACAUUUCGAUCUUGAGAGCAUUCCUGGACCACAGGACCCUGAGAAGUUCAGUUUUUGGCUUGUCAACUUGAUUAAUUUGAGGCCAUCGGAUAAAUUAGAUCUAUUACGCCUCUGUGAUACUCGGGAGAGAAUAUCUCGUAGCCUUAGAUUGCUGGGUAAUGCAGAACAAGGUUGCCGUGUACAGUAACGGAUUAUAUAUUUGGCGCAAAACCAUUAUAGAAUCAAUUUACUCAUCACUCGGUACAUUGACUAACAAUGUACUCCCUCCGUUCCAUAAUAUAAGAACGAUUUUUACACUACCACAUAUUCUGAUGCUAGUGAAAUUCUUAUGAUUUUGUAUGUUCUUUUAUUCUCUUAUUACCCCAAAAAAAUACUAUAUGAUUUUUGUACUUAUUAUUACUGUGAAACCAUUCGAUGUUUGGCCUAA